UGUCCUGUGAACAUCACUGGAAGAAUAGGAGCAUUACUAAGGAGACUUGAAUUUGAAAGCUACGUUAUAGAUAAAUAAAUGUGAUCUCUGUUACAUGGAGCAAUGCUGAAAUUCCAAGAGGCUAUUAAACAUAUCAGUGAUUCUGCACGUAUUUCCACUUCCUCCGAAACCUUGAUUGCAAGAAGAUAUGUUCUUCAGCAGAAACUUGGCAGAGGAAGCUUUGGAACGGUCUAUCUAGUUUCAGACAAGAAGGCAAAACAAGGAGAAGAAUUAAAGGUUCUGAAGGAAAUCUCUGUUGGAGACCUCAAGCCCAAUGAAACAGUUGAAGCAAAUCUAGAAGCACAACUACUCUCCAAGCUAGAUCACCCAGCCAUUGUCAAGUUUUAUGCAAGCUUUGUGGAACAAGAGAGUUUCUGCAUCAUCACUGAAUACUGUGAGGGUCGAGAUCUAGACUGCAAAAUUCAAGAAUACAAAGAAGCCGGGAAAAUAUUCACUGAAAGCCAGAUAAUAGAAUGGUUUAUACAAUUGUUGCUUGGAGUCAACUAUAUGCAUGAAAGGCGAAUACUUCACAGGGAUUUAAAAGCCAAGAAUAUUUUUUUGAAAAAUAACCUUCUUAAAAUUGGGGACUUUGGAGUUUCUCGUCUCUUGAUGGGAUCAUGUGAUCUGGCAACUACAUUUACUGGGACACCUUACUACAUGAGCCCAGAGGCACUGAAACAUCAAGGUUAUGACACAAAAUCUGACAUUUGGUCACUGGGAUGCAUUUUGUAUGAGAUGUGCUGUCUGGAUCAUGCAUUUACUGGACACAAUUUUUUGUCUAUUGUGCUAAAAAUUGUGGAAGGCAACACACCUUGUCUUCCUGACAGAUAUCCAAGUAAACUGAACGCAGUCCUCCACAGCAUGCUGAACAAGAAUCCUUCUCUGAGGCCAUCUGCAGCAGAGAUUCUAAAAAUCCCCUACAUUGAUGAACAAUUACAGCAGAAUGUCAAAUGCAAAUUCACAAAUAUGGCUCUGAAAGACAAGACAUUUAAUUGUCAGAAAGAAACUGCUCGCAUCAUUAAUGCUGUGCAGAAAAAAAUCCAUUUACAAACUCUGCGGGAACUGUCUGAGGUGCAGAAAAUGACUCCACGAGAGCGAAUGAGGCUGCGGAAGUUAAAUGCUGCAGAUGAGAAAGCAAAGAAGCUUAAACAACUGGCAGAAGAAAAAUAUCAAGAAAACCUCAAAAGAAUGCAAGAACUGCGGUCCCGUAACUUUCAGCAAUUGAGUAUAGAUGUGCUUCAUGAAUCUGAUGAGCAGACUUCAAAGCAUCUAAUUCAAUCUCAGCCAGUCACUGCACUGGACUACAUAUCCAUAGGACAUAAAGAACGAAGUGAGAAUGAGACACCAGGCAGGCUCUGUAUGUCAGAACCUGUGGAGCACGAGAUCCCUGAAGAUCCACAAAUUGCAGAAGAAUGUUAUAAUGAUGCAUUUGAUUCUUGUUCGGAAACAAGUGAGGAGGAGGAGGAGAAUAUGGAAGUAUCACAGACUGUCUCUAAAACAGAUCAACAGGACAGUGAUGUUGAGGCAAUGGUCAAGUAUUUGGAGAAUGUCCUGAAUAACAGCUCUCUAGGUUCUGGAACUGUCACCAGAGUGGCUCCAGUAGUGCCCCAGGGAUCGAGAGCAAUCAACAACACCAUGGCUGAGACCAAGCUGAAACGCAUGAGGGAAUCAGCAAUUCAGAAGCUGGGAGCGGAAGUAUUUGAAAAGGUUUACAGCUAUCUUAAGAAAGCAAGACAGCAGAAUGCAAGUGAAGAUGAGAUCCGGGAAUGCCUGGAGAAAGUGGUUUCUAGAGCAAGCGACUGUUUUGAAGUGGAUCAACUUCUCUACUUUGAGGAUCAGCUGCUUGCCUUAGCUCCAGUGUAAAAUGUACAUCAGAAAUGGCCAACACUGGAGAUAUGUGAAAACGCCGUUACACCCUUACAAGCCAGCAAACAAGUACUGUAUUAUUGGGGGGCAGAGAAGUGCACAUCAUGGUGACAAUCUUUUUUCCCCACUUGUUUUAUUGCAUCAACAAGUGUAUUCCCUUAAGUCCAGAUUCUUCACCCACGGGUUGUUCUCAUUGACUUUAAUGGUGCACAAUCAGGGUCCCAGUGAUGUCAAUGAGAGUUUUGCCACUGAUUUCUAUGG